CAGCAAGACCUUCGUAGACCGCCACCGGGGCUCUGAAAAAACUCGAUACCUCCGACUUCACCAUGGAAAAAGCUCACAAAACUCAAAAUUUCCUCAAACCAUUAUUCGCCGUAGCUCAAGCUUAUCGCACAAGCUCCGCGGUUUCUCUCUCCAAACUGGAAAAACCCAUAAACCCGGCCCCUCCAGAAACCCAAUUCUUAACUCCCGACAAACUGCUAGACUCUGUAAAAAGUUCUCAGUGGCAUUUCAUCAAACAGGUAAGUCCGUCUUUGACACCCAACUUAAUCUUCCACACCAUCCUCAACCUCCGCUCAUCCCCCAACGUUGUUCACGAUUUCGUCAAUAAUCUCAUACCGGAUUGCCUAGACUUGGAGUGUUAUUGUCUCGCCAUUUUGAUUCUCUCCCGGAUACCAUUUCCCAAACAAGCUACACAGCUUAUGAAGACUGUUAUCCGUAAUCACGUUGCAAGCACUAAAGAGAUUUUUUAUGGCUUACUGCGUGCUAGGAAGAAACUAAACAUUUCGAGUUCUAUUGUGAUGGAUUUGUUGAUAAGAGCGUUGUGUGAGCUGGAGAAGUGUGGUCAGGCUUUGCAAUGCUUUAAAAUGAUGAAUGAGGAGAAUAUUUUUCCCAAGGUUGAGACUUGUAACGAUAUGUUGAGCUUGUUUCUCAAGUCCAAUCGAACCCAUAUGGCUUGGUUUUUAUUUUCUGAGAUGUUUAGAAUGAGGAUCACUGGUACUUUGUGCACAUUUAAUAUUAUGAUCAAUGUGUUGUGCAAAGAAGGGAACUUGAAGAAGGCUAAAAAUUUUAUCAGGCAGAUGGAGAGCUUUGGGUUCAAGCCAAAUGUGAUAACAUAUAACACCGUAAUUCAUGCCUAUUGUUUGCAAGGGGAUCUGAAAGAAGCCAGUGAAGUUCUUGACGAAAUGAAAUCGAAAGAACUUGAGCCCGACGUAUAUACGUAUAAUUCCCUGAUCAGUGGCAUGUGCAAGGAACGGAGGAUGGAUGAAGCAACUGCACUUCUUGUGAGGGUGACGGAAUGUGGGUUAGCUCCAACAGCUGUCACUUAUAAUGCUUUAAUCGAUGGAUAUUGUAAUACAGGAGACUUGAAGAAGGCUUUUGCUUAUAAGGAUGAGAUGAUGAAGAAUGGAGUGAUGCCUAUGGUUUCUACUUACAAUCCGCUGAUCCAUGCUUUGUUUCUUGAGGGGGAUACUGUGGAAGCGGAUGAAUUGAUAGAAGAGAUGUCUGGAAAAGGGCUUAUGCCAGAUGCCAUUACAUAUAAUAUAUUGAUCAAUGGCUAUUGCAGGCGGGGGAAUGCCAGGAAGGCAUUUAGUCUCCUGGAUGAGAUGAUAAGUAAAGGCAUCCAGCCUUCACGCAUUACAUACACAUCACUAAUUUAUGUAUUAGGCAAGAGGAAUAGAAUGAAAGAAGCAGAUGAUCUAUUCGCCAAGAUACUAAAGAGAGGUAUUUCUCCAGAUCUUAUCAUGUUCAAUGCAUUGAUUGAUGGUCAUUGCGCCAAUGAAAAUGUUGAGCGUGCUCUUCUGCUCCUUGAGGAGAUGGAUAAGAUGAAGAUUCUUCCUGAUGAAGUGACCUACAAUACGAUAAUGCUAGGCUAUUGCAAAAAGGGUAAAGUAGAAGACGCACGUGAACUCCUUGAUAAGAUGAAGGAACGGGGAAUUGAACCUGACUAUAUCAGCUAUAACACUAUAAUCAGUGGUUUUAGCAGGAGAGGUGACAUAGAUGACGCUUUUAAAGCUCGGGAUGAAAUGCUUAGUAGUGGGUUCAACCCCACUCUUCUUACUUAUAAUGCUCUUGUACAAGGAUUGUGCAAAAAAGGGGAAGCAGAUCGUGCUGAAGAACUUCUGCAGGAAAUGGUUAGCCAAGGAAUUACUCCUGACGAGAGCACUUACAUUCCAUUGAUGGAGGUUAUCACCAAUUCCAAUCGUGCAUUGGAAUAAGGGUUAUAGGAUUAAGUAUCUCCUAUAUACUUUCAUUUUUCUCGGGAAUCUGUGAUCAUUAGAGAGGAUUUUUAACGCUACCAUGCCCAGGCUUUUGAAGUGAUUUGAAUUCUUCAAAGUCAUAUUAUUGCUUUGUUCCAGCAUCUGACAUGUUGUUAGAAAUUAGAUCAAGCUAUAAGGCAUUGUGGGGGAGAAAAGAAAGACAAACAUUGACACCUUUUGAUUCUUGUCAUGUGCUCAUGGAACAUAGGUUGUAAGGUAAGACUUUAAAAAAGCUAUUUCACUAUGGAUGUAGGAGUUUACGGAUUAAAUUUCAUCUUACCCUGGAUUAUCACUUCAGUAACCUUAUUUUUGAUCGAGUUGUGGCAAAAUAUGUUUGUUUGAUAUGAUGUGGCUCUCUUAAACUCCUGAAAUCCAAUGAUACAUUCUUGACCCAACAGAAUUUGGAGUUUUUUAGUGACUUCUCUUUUAUAGUUUCAAACUGUUUCUCCAUAGUUGAUCACCUGCGCAGUUAUGACUUUAAUACUAAUUCUUUUAUUUUUUAUAUACCGAUUCAGAUUUGGUUCUUUGCGGCCAGG